AUGGAGGCGUCAAAUGGAAAUACACCCCUUCCGGAGGAUACGAACAAGGCUCCUGAGGGUGUCGUGGUACCCCCCAAGGAUAUUCGCGCAAUCGUCGAGAAGACCGCUGGUUACGUUUCUCGUAAUGGCGCAGUGUUUGAAGACCGUGUCCGUGAUAAAGAGAAGAACAACCCAAAAUUCUCCUUCCUCAACCCAACCGAUGCCUACGCGAAUUUUUAUCAGUGGCGUCUGACCGAGAUCAAGGAGGGCCGCGGCACUUCCGUCGCAGCUGGACGACCUGGCGAGGCCGUGCCGGCCGUUGAACCCGCAACUCCCAAGGGCCCUCCUGAGCCACCAAGCUUUCACUUCUCGGCGCGCAUGCCCAUGAUCAAUGCGCAGGAUCUGGAGGUUCUCAAACUGACUGCAACAUUUGUCGCCAAGCGAGGAAAGUCUUUCCUGACAGCACUGUCACAACGGGAAGCUAGAAACUCCCAGUUUGAUUUCCUCCGGCCUCAGCACCGUCUGUACCAAUUCUUCACGCGAUUGGUAGACCAGUAUACGAUCUUGUUACGACCGGAAGGAAUCGAUGAUGCCACGACAGAGAAGAAGAGAAUUUCGGAUCUGGAACGUAAUGUCCAGGAUAAAUAUAACACACUGGAGCGUUCCAAGCAACGCGCCGAAUGGGUGAAGCACCAGGUGCAACAAAAGCAAAAGAAGGAAGAAAUCGAGGAGCAAGAACGCAUUGAAUACCAGCAGAUCGACUGGCACGACUUUGUCGUGGUCGAGACUGUGCUGUUCAACGAGUCCGACGAUCAGUCCGAGCUGCCACCCCCAACCUCACUCGGAGACCUGCAGUCAGCUUCUCUCGAACAGAAGGCCGCCAUGUCCCUCAACCCACUGCGCAUUGAGGAGGCUAUGCCUACCGAUCUCGACGCACCCGUUCACUAUAAUGCCUACCCCGCCCAGCCUGAAGCCGCCCCGGUGAUGCAACCCUCCGUUUCUCCUUAUCCCGCACAAAUGCCCUACCCACCCCCGGCAAUGGACCCAUCUAUGCAGCACCCUGCUGCUGCCCAGUUUGAAGACCAGCGUGCUCGCCCCGAAUCGCCAGCAACUGCGCCUGGUCAACCUGCGAUGCGGAUUCGCCAAGACUAUGUGCCGCGAGCUCAAGCCCGCCGCCAGGCCAGCGCGAUGGCGCUAUGCCCCAACUGUCACCAACAGAUCCCCGUCGCAGAGCUUGAUCACCAUAUGCGUAUCGAGCUGCUCGACCCGCGCUGGAAGGAGCAGCGCGCCAAGGCUGAUUCCCGUAGUGCGACGACCAACCUUUCGACUGUUGACGUGGUGAACAACCUUAAGCGACUGGCUAGCCAGCGCAGUGAUGUCUUCGAUUCGUCUCUGGCGCCUAACGUUGACCCCGAAGAGGAGGCACGCCGCAAGCGCAUGGCCGUUGGUGCUGACGGCUCAUUGCCUCCUGGUGCUCCUGGACCGGCUCUUGGACCCGGCGGAGUGCCAACCCCGCAGAAUAUGAACAUCGAAGAUCAACUCCGACACAUUCAUCAGCGUGCCCGGCAAUAG